AUGCUGGAGCGCCUUUCCUUGACCAACAAUGCCGCCAAGUUCCCUCAGAAAUGCUCGAUUCAGCUGAAGCUGGCCAUCAAUCGUAUGCGAUUGCACCGCACGAAGAAGCUCGAGGAGGGAAACCGCCACAAAAAGCAGAUCGCCGACCUCCUGGCCACCGACAAGGAACAGCUGGCACGCGUCAAGACGGUGUCGGUCAUUUUCGAGGACUACAUGAUCGAGGCGCUCAACAUGGUGGAGGUCUACUGCGAGACCAUCGUCUCCCGCGCGCAGCUUCUCUCUGCACAGAAGACGUGUCCUCUUGAGCUGAAGGAUGCCGUCUGCAACAUUAUCUACUGCGCGCCCUAUCUGGCCAUGGAGGAACUGACCAAGUUGCGUAAGGCGUUCAUCAAGCGCUACGGGAAGGACUUUCCGAUGGACUGUGAGCGCAACGGGUACCUCAACGAGAAGCUCAUCUCGCGGCUGCAGCACAACCCGCCCGACGAGGCCCUCAUCAACUACUACCUCUCCGCCAUCGCCAAGAAGCACAACAUCGACUGGGAAGUCCCUGUGGGAAUGCUCCCGACGUCGAUUCUCACGCCACAGCCGGGCGCGCAGCAGCCGCAGUUCCCGACCUACGGCUACCCGCCCAUGUCCGGCCAGCCGGGCGCACAGGGGCCGCCGCCCACCUCGCCGCCCCAGCCCCACCACGCCCCGCCCUCCGCCGUCUACUACCCCGCGCCCGGCCAGUUCCCCGCGUCCCCAUCUUCGCCCACCUUCCCUCCCGCCCACUUCACUCAAGGUGGAAUGCAGCAGGGCGGCAUGUCGCAGGGGACCAGCGCCAUUCCGAGCGCGGACUCGGUGGACGACCUCGAGGCCCGCUUCCGCGCGCUGUCGGGCCAGCCGGGCGGCGGCGAUGGCGGUGGCGGCGGUAAUCUGCAGUCGCUCCAGCACGGCGCGGUGGUGCAGAACUCGCAGCCCAUGCCCGACUUCCUGGACGAGCUCGACUCGAUGUGGAAGCAGUCGGCCUCGGCCGCGCGCGCGGUCGAGCCCGCGCUGGCCCGCGUCGACGCGGCGCUGGCCGAACUCGAGGCCUCGGCCCGGUCCGUCGGCGCCGGCAAGCUGCUCGCCCGCAGCGCCGUGCCGCCGACCAACGAUGAGGCGGCGGCAGCGCUGGCGGCGGCAGUGGAAGCGCUGCGGCAGGCGACGUCCGGGCUGUCGUCGGAGGCGGCCAACGGACGGCCGAUCGGCGACAAGGCCCUGACGCUCGCGCAGGCCCUCGCGCGCCUGUCCGACCUCUCCGUCGAAGCCGCCGCUCAGCUCGCCAGCGUCGAUGCCCAGGCGUCGGCACUGCGUGCGGUCCGCGCGUCGCUGGAGUCGGGCCGCGUGCUACUGGCCGCGGCCGAGGCCACCGGGGCGUCGCCCCACGACCCCUCCCUGCGCGACCGGCUGGGCCAGGCCUCGGCCGGCGUCGCCGCCGCAGUCAAGUCCCUCUUCGCCAUCCACCAGCAGGCCCGGCAGCAGCAGCAGCAACCCGCCCCGCAACCCUCCGCCUCCUCCUCAUCAUCCGCGGACGAGGCGGCGCGUGCGGAGAUCAUGAAGGCGGCGCAGGCGCUGAUCGCGGCGGCCACGCAGCUGCACGAGACCUCCACGGGCGCCGCGCCGCGCAAGCCGCCUGCGGGUCCGAAGACCGGCGGGUGGGAGGACCUGGCCUACGAUCUGGGCGGCCUCCCGCCGGGUCUCAUCCCGCCGGCCCAGCACAUCGCCGGCGCCGCGGGCGCGCUGCUGGCCGCCGCGGCCGAGUGCCAGGCCGAGCGGGUGCAGGCCAUGUCAACAGGGCCGCACUACCACGCUGACCCGGCCUGGACGAACGGCCUCGUCUCGGCCAGCCGCGCCGUCACCUCCACCACCUUCCAUGCCCUCAGAUUGGCGGUGGCGGUGGGCAAGGGCGAGGCGGACCUGCCCACGCUGCAGGCGGCGCUCCGCGCAGAGUCAGCUGCCACCGAGCUGGACAAGGCCCGCGGUGAUCUCCACGGCAUGCGCAAGCAACGCUACGAGGGCGGUGCGGGAGGCCGACCCUCCUCCUAG